UCUCAUCAUGUCUCGAUAGAUCAUCCAAGCCCAGCUUAGCUUAGCUUAGCUAGCGACCCAACUGAAAAAACCCUAUCAUGCGCGAAGCAUGCAUGCCUCGAUCGAUCUCGCACAACCACCCUCUUCUCCUCGAUCGAUCGAAUGGUUGGUUCGGUUUGGUUUUGAUUGAUCGAUAUUGCUUUUGUUUACCAUUGCCAUGUCCUUGAAACCGGGUGGUGUUCUUGGUCGCCGCCAUGUCCUCGCCGCCGUCUGAUCCGAGCUCCGGUGGUGGCGAUGGCGGCUCGGCCGUGCCGGGGACGGCGAGCUCCAACUUCACGCUGCUGUACAUCAUCAUCGCCGUCCUCGUCGGCGUGAUCCUGUACAUGGCGAUCCGGUACGGCCGGUCGGUGAUGUCGGAGUGGCGCCAGCUGCAGGCCGGCGGCGGCGGCGGCGAGCCGCGCGCCGCGCUGCUCGGGCUGAGCUCGGACGACAUCGACGCGCUCCCCACGUUCACGUACCGGGCGCGCGGGGCGGCGGCGUCGCCGCUGGUCGGCGGCGGCGGGAGGAGGGGCGGCGGCAGCGGCAAGGGGAAGGGGGCGACGACGGUGGUGGUGGAGUGCGUGGUGUGCCUGCAGGAGCUCGCCGACGGCGACGUGGUGCGCGUGCUGCCGGCGUGCAGGCACUUCUUCCACGGCGGCUGCAUCGACCUCUGGCUGCGCGCCCACUCCACGUGCCCGGUGUGCCGCGCGCACCCGGAGCCCGACGGCGUGCGGCUCAGCGACGUCGUGGCCGUGUCGCCGCCGCUGCCGCAGCUGCGCCGGUGCGGCCUGUCGCCGGAGCGGCCCACGGCGGCGUCGCGCGCCCUGGCGGACAUCCUGGCACGUUCUCCAUUGAGGGGCAACACCACCUCGACGACGACGACCACCACCACCGGCGGACCGAUCACGUCGACGUCGUCGAAGUCGCCGUCGUCACCGGUUCAAGCGGCGAUCAUCAACUACGUGCAGGCCUCACGUUCGCCGUCUCCGACGGCGUACCACAGCCUGAACGAGCGGUGGCCGAGCUCGCCGACGCCGGUUGUGGUUGUGCGGUCGAAGUCGCCGUCGCCGUCGUCGCCACCGAUAGGUGGUCUGAGUCUGCAGACGACGACGGCGGCGGCGGCGAGAGGCGUCGGCGUGGUGGAAGGGGUGGAUGCAGGUGCAACCACGUCGGCGUCGGCGUCGGCGCCAACGCAGGUGGUGGCGCUGUCAAGGGAAGGUGGUGGUUCGCGGUCCAAGUCGCCGUCGCCGGUGCCACAUUAAUAACGAGGCUGCAGAAGAGACGCCAGGAUAAGGCUAUAGCUUGACAGGCAAUUUGAUUCUUUCUUCCUUUUUUUUUUUUGUGUAUGUCUCUUGUAUAGCUUGUGGGCUUAGAUUUGCUCCUUGAUCACAUUGUCUUGACACGAAGAAUGUGUGUAUUUUGAUAGAACGGAAAUGACAAAGUCCUGCCAAGCAGGGGUUCUCAACAUUAAGGGCCCCUUUAAAUCAAAAGAUUUAUGGAGAAAUUUCAUUGGAUUAA